AUGGAGAUCACCAAUGUCACAGAGUACCAGGCCAUCGCCAAGCAGAAGCUUCCCAAGAUGAUCUAUGACUACUAUGCCUCCGGUGCCGAGGACGAGUGGACGCUCCAGGAGAACAGGGAGGCCUUUGCCAGGAUCCUGUUCCGCCCGCGCAUUCUGAUCGAUGUAUCCAAAAUCGACAUGACAACAACUAUCCUGGGAUUCAAGCUCUCAAUGCCCAUCAUGAUUUCCCCCACUGCCAUGCAGAAGAUGGCUCACCCAGAUGGAGAGUAUGCGACUGCCCGCGCAGCAUCAGCAGCAGGCACUAUAAUGGUCUACAAAGACAGGAAGGUGGUCGAGCAGCUUGUGAGGAGAGCGGAAAAGGCUGGAUUCAAGGCGAUAGCGCUCACCGUGGACACCCCGCGACUUGGCCGCAGGGAAGCUGAUAUCAAGAACAGAUUUGUUUUGCCACCAAAUUUGACACUCAAGAACUUUGAAGGUUUGGACCUCGGGAAAAUGGACCAGGCUAACGAUUCAGGACUAGCUUCAUAUGUCGCCGGCCAAAUCGACCGCACACUGAGCUGGAAGGAUGUGAAGUGGCUGCAGUCCAUCACCACGAUGCCGAUCCUGGUGAAAGGAGUGAUCACCGCAGAGGACAGCAGGCUCGCCGUCGAGAACGGCGCGGCCGGAAUCAUCGUGUCCAACCACGGCGCCCGGCAACUGGACUACGUCCCGGCGACCAUCAGCGCCCUGGAAGAGGUCGUGAAGGGUGCUGGCGGGCAGAUCCCCGUCUUCCUGGACGGCGGUGUGCGCCGCGGCACCGACGUCUUCAAGGCGCUCGCUCUCGGCGCCGCCGGCGUCUUCAUCGGAAGGCCGGUGGUGUUCUCGCUGGCGGUGGCCGGGGAGGCCGGGGUGAGCAACGUGCUCAAGAUGCUGCGCGACGAGUUCGAGCUGACCAUGGCGCUGAGCGGCUGCAACUCGCUGGCCGACAUCACCCGCAACCACGUCGUCACCGAGGCCGACAAAUUCGGCGUCAUGCCGUCCCGCUUGUAA